AUGAAUUCUCUUUUAAUCUUCAAUUCUCUCUCAAUCUUCAAUACAACUCUCAAUUUUAAACUUCCAACUUUUAAGAUUUUAAGAGACGAGGAAGGCAGGAAGCUUGGUCUAAAAAAUAGUGAUAAGAACUCUGGUUCAACGGACAACGAUGUCAAGAUGGCUGAGGUAGAGGCAUCAUCAAAUAGAAAUGGAGACCCUUCUAAAUCUGAACUUGUUGAAGAUGCUCCCGGGAAGGAAAAGGCACUAACAGGAAUAUAUGAUUUGGUUGCUGUGCUGACACACAAGGGUAGAAGAGCUGAUUCAGGGCAUUACAUUGCCUGGGUCAAGCAAGAAACUGGUGAUUGGCAUAUGGCUUACAUUUGCAUGUACAAAGCUCGCGAUGUUUCCAUGCGAUCUCCUCUUUAG